CCCUCCUUCCACUCUUCUGUAGCCGUCAGUAGCCUUACAAUGUAAUACGCUACUGUGACUACUAUGAAGAUUUGUGUGGGCUAUGAAACCUAUCCUAUCCUAUCCCAUCCUAUCCCAUACUAUCCACGUUCCCCAUUGGGGAAACGGCCUCGUGUUUCCGAUCCUCCCGCAUGGCAUCCCUGACUAGAACACUCUAAGUACUCCACCUGGACGCAAGCAACUCAACGACUGCACCCAGUAUUACUGUACAUCAGCUAAUCGACCACCGACGUACAAAGGUAGAGGAUGCCUAACCUUCCAUGGAGUCGAGGUUCAGCUACCGAAGCAUCGUAUAGUCGUGUACCGAACGACAUGGCGAUGGCUGAUAGACUCAGCGACGAAGAAGCCGCGCAUCCGGCGUCGGGUGCGGGGAUAAGAACAUCGACUGAAUCUCUAGAACGGCCUCGUCCACAUACAGAUACAACGGCGUCCAGCUCAGACUUGUCUGCUCCGCGAUUCAUACAGGAAGAUGGGACAUACCGCAAGUAUCCGUGGAUUCCGACCAGAGUUCAACGGUACUCCAAGGCUGUGGCAAGAUGGGCAAAAGGACCCCAGCCUCCGCGGCGACAGCAUAUCAAGCCAUUGUUCCCGAAAAUCCAGGAGGCCCCCAUCCGGUUCCUAGACACCUAUGUGCCUAAGAAGAAAGCGAGGCUGACUCUUCUGCUCUUCUUCUAUCUCUGCUGGGGUCUCACAUUUGGAUUGAUGCUACGAUACUCGACCCUGGCGGCCGACAUAGGGUCCUAUGGCCAGCCUGUGUCUAUCGACUGCGGCGCUACGUUCUGGAGCUCUGGUAACUCAUGUGGCCUCCAAGGAUCUAACUGCCGUCCCUUUGAGGGGACGAGUCUCGCCUUCCGUUGCCCCGCCUCCUGCGCGGGUUACAAAGUGCUCAAUCCUCGCGCUGUUGGCACGCAAGAAAUAAAUUACGCCUCUCUGGUCAUCGGCGGACCCCCAGAAGAUACCUCAAAGGACCCGAGGGCAACUUACCGUGGCGACUCGUUCCUCUGCCAAGCUGCCAUCCACGCCGGUGUAAUCACCGACAGCGAAGGCGGCUGCGGAGUUGUCAGUAAGAAUGGCGCAGCGAGCUCCUUUACCAGCUCCCAAAGCAACGGUAUCAAGAGCAUAGGCUUUGACUCGCACUUCCCGCUCUCCUUCGUCUUCCAGCCCGAUGUUACCUGCUCGGCGAAAGACAUGAGAUGGCCCAUCCUUGCCGUAUCCGUCAUUUUCACCUCGAUACUGAGCCUCUUCGUCACCUCUCCCUCGGUUUUCUUCUUUACCGCCUUCACUACUAUCUUCAUCCACGUGGGCCUCGUCUCCGACCCCCCUACGCAUAGAGGCAUGCUCGACCUGCUCCAAAUCCUCGUCUCUAGGUUUCUCCCAGCUAUGUUUGUCGCAUUCGUGUUCUACACCUUCGCCAUCUGCCGCACCCUCCGCGGCCUCACCGCGCAAGUCGAAAAAACCAUCCUCUGGCUCGGCGGCUGCUGGGUCGGCUCCCUCACAAACUACACCUUCGACUUCAUCCCCAUCCAGCGCCUGACCCCCCACGACCUCGAGCAGCAGCCCGGCGCGAAAGCAGCCCUCGCCUUCAUCGCGAUCAUCCUCAUCGCCAUAGUCGUACAACAAAUCUGGUACUUCCGCCUCGAAGGCCGCUUGCUUCGCUACCUCAGUUUCUACGCCGUCAUCCUCGUCGGCAUCAUCGUCUGCAUCUGCAUCCCCGGCCUAAACCUGCGCAUCCACCACUACAUCCUCGCCAUCCUCCUCAUCCCCGGAACAAGCAUGCAAACUCGGCCCAGUCUCCUCUACCAAGGCAUCCUCCUCGGGCUCUUCAUCAACGGCAUCGCACGCUGGGGCUUCGACUCGCUCCUCCAAACCGACGCCGCCCUCCUCGACGACGCGCAACACAACUCCAAACUCCCCAACCUUCUCCCCCCCGCCAUCCAACUCUCCACCGCCGCCACAACCAGCAACUCCAACAUCACGUUCACCUGGCCCGACCUCGAGACCUCCUUCGACGGCGUCAGCAUCCUCGUCAACGACGUCGAGCGCUUCCGCGGCUUCGUCGACGACGAGCCCCGCAACGGUCGGGGCUUCAUGUGGGAGCGCCAGCCGGGUCUGGACGUGAAUGAGUAUUUCCGCUUCGCGUUCAUGCAGGGGACUGCGACGUUGGAUUAUACGAAGGCGGGCACGUGGACAAAGGACGGAAAGUGGGUCGAGAUGGCCCCGGGUCCGAGUCGGCGGGUGAAGAGGGAGGAGAAGGGCGGGGGAUUACUGGGGGAGCCGUGGUGAGGAUGCCGGGUCCCGUUGGGGUUUGUUCGGGGAGAGAGCGUGGGGGACGUGGGGGUAAGGCGAUGGUGCUGCAGCGUGAUGGGAUGGUUGGAAAGCUUGUCGGAAAGUGGAAGGUGGUUGGAGUUUGGAUUGAUACGACGUUACGACAUUGGCUCCUCUGAUGCCGACAUGUGGGAUACCCUGAGAGUUUGACUGGGUAGAUUGGAGUUUUGGGAUUUGGGAUUCGGGAUUUUCAUGUCAGAUAUUUGGCAAAAGCACAUAUGGGAGGAGUACACACAAUUGCUCCAGACAGACAGAGCCGAUAUCUGGAUCUCGUGGCGGGACUGCAUAUCUUGGAAUGCAGAUCUUGGAUGGCAUGUCUUGGAAGGGAUACCUUGGAUGGAAUAUAGGAUUGGGGUAUAUAGGACUACAUACUACAUUACGUAGAUUCAUACACUAUCGUCAAUACAUACGAAGCUAUUGAAGCUAUCUGUCCCCACCCACACACACACCUCACCAUAACCUACCAUCCCCAAGCCAGCCUGAACGCCUCCUCCCCCUCCUCACCACGCCACCACCACUCACCACUCACCACACCCAAACCGAAAAAGCAAAUCCCCAUCGCGCGCCCGGACCCCUCACGCCUACAGUACCGAGACACGACCUACCUUGCAGAUCACACCGCCGCCGCCCCCCGCCGCCUCCUCCAACGCCACACACACCAACAACUCGCCACCACCGCUCCAGAGCACCCCUUGGCGCACGCCGG